UGGGCGAGAGUGCGCCACGAGGUACAGGGUCGUCUGGGUGGGACCCCAGGGGCGGACGACGGCCCGGCUUCUCGCUCCUCCGCGUCCAGCCUACGCACUGGGCGGACAGGGUAUCCGUGCGUGGCACAGGAGCAGGAUGGAGGCUGGACCCAGUUGAAACUGAUUGGUUCUAUCUACACCUCUAGGCUGGGUGCAUACAACAUGCUUCCUUCCCCUUGGGAUAUCUGCCAUUUGCACCCUGAUUUCAAGCAGGACGAAAUCCCUGUGUUGUGUGUGUGUUGUGGGGGUGGGGGUGGCGCUGGGACUAGAGGGCUAGUUUGUCUUACAUACAUGGGUCUCCGGGCUGUGUUCAUGCUGAAAUGCCAAGGAAUCCUUCCCUUGAUGUGAGCCUGGAGCUCAAGGGAGAUCUGGGGCCUGAGAAGAUCUGGCUAGUUAACUCAGUUCCCUGGACCAAAAGAAGGGGAAGACCUUUCAAGACAGAUCCUUGAGAAACACAUUAGAGGGGCAGAAGACAAGGGGCACAGGAGGGACUCCGGAUGUAAAUAGAGAAGCAGUGAGGAUACAGGGCAAGUCACGACGUGGAGGACAGAGCAGUAUGCAGAGGGCGGAAAGGCGGAGGCCAGAGGACUUCAGGGCUGAGGAAGCCCUUAUUGAACGUUGCCUUGGUGAGGCAGGGGUGGGAAGGGGCGUGGGUGCCAUAGAGACCGCGCCCUGCGAAUGACCGCAGAUAAAGGACUCAGGACUUGGUCACGCCGUCGAGGACAUCAGCGCGCAUGCCCGGAGUGGUAUGCAUUGUCACGUGCGUGGGAGCUGCCCCACGCGCCUUCACGGGCAUUAACCGGGGUGGGCAGGGAGCCAGGGAAUCCGCAGCCCCCGCCGGGUGUUCCUCACCAGCAGCCCCUCUCUGAUGGAGGUCCUGGACGAGUUCGACCACGAGUACCCACAGAGCGUCACCUUUUGCCAGCUCAUCUCCGAGGAGGACUUCGAGAGGCAGGCGGCGACCUGCACGGAGCGCGCGCUGCGCCGCCUCUUCCGCAGCCUGGACCGCAAACCCGCGCUGGCCGAGAGGGCCGUGCGCAAGGCCAAGCUGGCCGAGUGCGAGCAGCGCGGGCUCCUCUCCUUCCUCUGGGCGAAGUUAAUCCGCGCCGUCCAGGGGGAUCUGAACCUUUGCAACAGUAUGGGUGUCCUGGAGAUGCACCAGCGCCUGCAACUGCUGAAGAGGCGCAUUCACCGCGUACACCUGUAUUCCCUGGAUGCCAAGAAGAAGAAGCUAAAACCCAAGAAACCAGAGCCCGUCCUCUUAGGAGACCAGCCGGCCUCCUCAGGCCUGUCACCAGCCCUGUUGCCACCAGUACCUGUGCCAUCACCAGUCAACACUGUGGCCUCUGCAGUGACCACAUCACCCCCUGUCUAUACUAUGCCCAGGGUGUUUGGCCCCUACCCUCAGGUGGAGAGUCUGAACGGUUCAAGGUCUGAGGUGAAAUUAAAUUGGAAUGGCCUCUCAUCAAACCCAAAGAGUCACAUGGUCGACCUGACCCCAUUGGUCCUCAAUCCUGGAGGCUUCCAUUUCUCGUAUCUGACAGGAAACAGUGUACACAAGCUCCAUUGCCCUGGCUUCCACUGGUCCUCAGCUUGUAGUGGAUCCCCCAACAUUGAUGCAACUCCAUCUCCUGGUGUGAAGGCUUCCAUCUUCUCUCCACCUGUCCUACUCAAGUUCCAGCCUGUGCGCAGAUCUAGAGAUGACUCAGAGAAUGACCCUGGCAGUUCAGAGUCAUUGGCUGCCAAGAGAAACCAGUGACCUCUUUCCUACAUACCAUGCCUGAGGAAUGAAUAAAAAUCCUGCGGAGGUGC